AUGCCACCCUUCUCCUCUUUCCUCAUGUCCUCCUCCAUCUCCUUGGCUCUUGUGGUCGCUCUGGCUCUGUUGGGCACAGUGUCCGCUCAAAGCCGAGAUGUCGACGUGGCCGUUGACUUCCCCACACCUGUGCCUAUUGGAUCUGAAGUGACACUGCGAUGUGAUUACGAAAUUGCCGACAGCUGGCAGAAGCUAAACCAGCUGAGGUGGUUCAAAGAUGGCCACGAGUUUUAUCGUUUCCGGCCGACGGAGACACCGAACAAGUACUGGUACAAAACCAGCGGCAUCAAUGUCGACCUGAAUCGAUCCCAAAACGGCACCGUCGUUAUCACCAAUGUCACACUGUACACUCAAGGCCUCUAUCGGUGUGAAGUGUCGCUCGACAAGCCCAGUUUUGCUAAAGUUAUCAAGCGGAAAAUUCUCAAAGUAGAAGAAAGCAAUAAUUAA